GUUGUAAUUUGUGGACACCGUAAUUAGCGUGUUUACGUUAUUAAAGUCCCCAACUUUCGUUCUUACCAAAAACGUCUCGAACUUUCUUAAUUCUUACUCCGAGAUUCUCCGAAAUUCUCGUCACCGGAUCGUUCGGGCAUUGUUUUCUGCAACAGAGAAUUUGUGCAUAAAGAAAGCUCUGACUCAUCACUAAGACUUUUUCUUUGGCAACUUGGCAUGGGAGUUGUGACAGUGUCUAGCUCAGCUUCAAGGACUCCAUUAGGAUUGAGCACGAAAUUGACAAGUCAGAGAUCUACGUUGAGAAAGCCAUUGAUUGUUGCAUUUAAAACAGAUGAAGCAAAUAAGACCGCCUUGGUUGCACCCCAGGAGAAAAUACCAUUGCCUAUAGAAACACGAAAGAAGCACCAAAAGAGACUAGGGAAAGCUAGGAAACUUGCAAAAAGUGUAAAGUCUGCCACUACAGAUGUAGCUUCUCCUUGUACCUUGGAAUUGGAUUACAAUGAAGCCGCUGCCAAACUGGAAAACUUAUACAAGCGUAGCCCCGAGACUGAAGCCAAUUCAGAUGUGGAACAUGUAGAUGGCUUGAUGAGAAGAGGUCGCAAAAGGAGGAAGAAGACAAGUGAAAGUGAUGAUGACAAAGAAGAGAACAGAACAAGUAACACUGUGGUUAGGAACAGGACAAAGAAGGCUAAAAGACUGAGUCUUGAUAAAAGGGUUGCAUUGAAAUGGAAUAAGGAUGAAAACGCGAUUGCUUCCAUAAUUCGAAAGAGAAAAAGUAGAAAGAACGAAAAUGAAAAGAUUGAGGAGCUUGUAAGGGAGUAUUCGGCUUCAACUGAUCUGGUUAGUUUGGACUGGAAAAAGAUGAAGAUUCCUCCAGUUCUUACAUCCUCAGAGCAUGCUUGGUUGUUCAAGCUAAUGCAACCUAUGAAGGGUCUUCUUGAAGUGAAAGAGAAUUUACAAAAAGGUUUGGGGAGAGAACCAACCAAUGGUGAAUUAGCUGAGGCGACAAAUAUGAGUGUGGUUCAAGUGAAAAAACAUUUGGAAGUUGGUCGAGCUGCACGAAGCAAGCUCAUCAAGCACAAUCUCCGACUUGUGUUAUUUGUCAUGAACAAAUAUUUUCAAGACUUCGCAAAUGGCCCAAAAUUUCAAGACCUUUGCCAGGCAGGAGUGAAGGGACUUAUUACAGCAAUUGAUCGCUUUGAACCAAAAAGAAGUUUCCGGCUUUCCACAUAUGGUCUGUUCUGGAUCAGGCAUGCCAUCAUACGCUCCAUGACACUCUCAAGCUUUACUCGUGUCUCAUUUGGCCUUGAAUCAGUUAGGGCGGAAAUCCAAAAAGCUAAGCUUGGGAUGUUGUUUGCGCUUAAAAGAAUGCCAACAGUGGACGAGAUAAUUGAAAAGGUUGGAAUUUCCCCUGAGAGGUACCAUGAAGUAAUGAGGGCCUCGAAACCUGUUUUCUCUCUUCAUUCAAGGCAUACAACCACACAAGAGGAGUUUAUAAAUGGUAUUACUGAUGUUGAUGGUGUAGAGGGUGAAAACAGGCGGAAACCUGCCCUUCUCAGGCUUGCUCUUGAUGAUGUGCUUGAUUCACUGAAGCCCAAAGAGAGCUUGGUGAUCAGACAGAGAUACGGGCUUGAUGGUAAGGGCGAUAGAACGUUAGGGGAGAUUGCUGGAAACUUGAAUAUUUCAAGAGAAAUGGUUCGAAAGCAUGAAGUUAAGGCUCUCAUGAAGCUGAAGCAUCCAGCUCGAGUAGAUUAUCUUCGCAGAUAUGUAGUAUAAAGCGGUCGACACAGUAUGAUCUCCUUAAAAAAACCUUCUACCUUUGGAUAUUCUAUAUGCUGUAUGCUAGUCAUCCGUACCAUAGGCUUUUAACUAGGCCAAAGUAAGGCUGUAAGAAAUUUCAAAACAGUAAACCAGUAAACAUAGAGUUCUCAUACCAUCUAAAUCCAUAUGGAUGACUUAAGACUUGAGAAUCCGUAUAUACCCAUGUAUAGAUGAUACAUGAAAUAUAAUAUUUUUCGACCCUUUAUACGAUAA